UUAUUUUUUUAUUUUGUUGCUUUUGAAAUUUGUUUCCAUUUAUAAAAUAAAAGUGUUUUUUUUUUGCUUCUAAUUCGGUAAAAUUAUUAAAUGACCACAAUAGAAACAUCAAGAAAUCCGCUUUUAAGUGAAAAUGAUAUCAAGUUGAAUUAUGAAAUAUCGUGCGAAUCGGACGAUAGUGAAAAUGAAAUUCCUUAUCAUGCCAGAGAACAUGCACAGCCAUUUACAUAUGGCAACUUACCAAAAGGUUUCAAAAGAAGUGAUCUUAACCAUGUAGAUAUAGAGGAACUGCCAGAGUCUUCAAAGGCCCCUAAAACAUCACAUUUUCUACCACCUAGUCCUCCUGUACAGAGGCGUGAUUUUAAUCAUGUCAGUAUCGAAGAGCUACCAGAGUCUCCAAAAGCUAAUAAGGCACCAGCUAUGUUACCUCCUAGUCCCUCAAUGUUGAGAAGAUCCGGACGUCCGAGCAUUUCUCCAUCGAGACCGGUUUUGAAGAAGACACCGUCACGUGAAGAAUUUGAGGAAAUGUUAAGAGAACGUAGAGAACAGUCAUUGAGAGAACAAAACCAUGCCCUUAAGGAGGCUCAAAAUGCUGCCAUACAAAAAGAUUUGGACGAACUUCAAGAGAAAUUAAACAAACGAACCUUGCAGUUCAAGUCAUAUGAUGCAACUGACGGUUAUAAGGAAAAUCUCUGUAGAGAGAUAGUCAAACAUGUUGAGACAAUCGAUUUGCCGGAUGAAAAAGAUCAUGAUAAUACCAGUAAAUGUGGCAUGUCUACAGCUGUAGUUGAGGCACCCAGUAAGUACGAACCUGCACUUAUACUAGCUGAACCUGGUCGGCCGGAAACACCAGCUUUCCCAGUAUCAAACAAAUCUACAAUUGAAGAACGUUGUGUUAGUCCCUACCCCAUGGUAACACCUGGCUCCCCCUCACUUCAGCGAGAGCAAACGGUAACGAUCAACACUAAAGAACGUCGUUCACCUCUCAAGCUACCUGCAUUAAUUUCGAGUAACCAAAAGGCGAAAGUCGCUAACAAAAAUAAUCCAGAAACACCACAUGAUGUGGCACCACAUUUAGUGAAAUUUGCCAGAGAUUCAUCGGAAUAUUGGUAUAAACCACAUAUGACACGAGAGGAAGCCGUUGCUCUACUACGACAAGCUCCACCUGGAACAUUUAUCAUACGCAACUCAACAACAUACAAAAAUGCCUUUGGUUUGGUAUUAAGGGUGUAUAAACCCCCACAGGGUGUAGCAGUACCUGAAACGAAUACGAACAGCGAUGUACUAGUACGCCAUUUUCUUUUAGAACCAACUACUCGAGGAGUACGACUAAAAGGUUGUUCCAAUGAACCCACGUUUACGUCACUAUCGGCCUUAGUCUACCAGCACUCUAUCAAUCAGCUGGCUCUGCCCUGCAAACUCAUUAUACCGACUAGAGACUUAAUGCUCACGCCCGAAGAUGCCGAACUGAUUCACAGUCAAAAACAAUUGCUUGAACAAGGAGCUGCUUGCAACGUUUUAUACUUAUUUAGCAUGAAUAUGGAGUCAUUGACCGGUGACGAAGCCAUACGCAAAACAGUCCAUGAAAUGUAUGCACAAUCAGCUUUACCGUCACCUAUAGAAGUACAUUUCAAGGUAUCGCAAAACGGCAUUACACUGACAGACAACAAGAGACUAAUGUUCUUUCGGCGACAUUAUACACCAAACAACAUUUCCCAUAUCGCCAUGGAUCCCGAUAAUCGCUUUUAUACUGUUUUAACAUACGAUGCCGGAUUCGAACGCACCCUCAAUAAAUCCAUAUUUGCAUUUGUGGCACGUCCCCCUACUGGCGGCAGAGACAAUCAGUGUCACAUAUUUUGUGACCUUGCUUCAACACAGCCAGCUUCAGCGAUAGUAUCAUUCGCCCACAAGGUGCUGCGAUUCAAUAAGAAUAGUCAUCAAAUGUUAUAGAAUAAGUGUUGUUUUAGUAACCACAUACUACUUUUUUAU